AUGGUUCCUGGUGGAACAGGAGUUGGUGCACCAGAUGGAACCAAUGAGGGCUCACCAGAAGGCACAGCCGAUGGAACUACUGAAGGAAAAACAGAAGGAAUAGCGGAGAGAGAAGGUAAAUUUGAAGGUGUCAAUGAUGGAAGCCUUGAGGGCUCUUUUGAUGGUUCCAAAGAAGGGAUAGAAGAUGGAAGCACAGAAGGUUGGCUUGUUGGUGCUGUAGAAGGUAGUGAUGAAGGUUCAAAUGAUGGAAUGGAGGACAACGACGGUGCACUUGAAGGAAGAGCGGAUGGCGCCAAGGAUGGCAAUGAUGAGGGCUGGCUUGAGGGCUCAGAAGAUGGGAGUAAGGAAGGUAUUGCCGACGGAAGCGAACUUGGUGCGCUCGAGGGUUCAGAUGAAGGCAGAGACGACGGACCAGAUGACGGCUCACUCGAAGGAAGAGCGGAUGGCGCCAAGGAUGGCAAUGAUGAGGGCUGGCUUGAGGGCUCAGAAGAUGGGAGUAAGGAAGGUGUUGCCGACGGAAGCGAACUUGGUGCGCUCGAGGGUUCAGAUGAAGGCAGAGACGACGGACCAGACGACGGCUCACUCGAGGGAAAAGCCGAUGGCGCUGAGGAUGGCAAUGAUGAAGGCCGGCUUGAGGGCUCAGAAGAUGGGAGUAAGGAAGGUGUUGCCGACGGAAGCGAACUUGGUGCGCUCGAGGGUUCAGAUGAAGGCAGAGACGACGGACCAGACGACGGCUCACUCGAGGGAAAAGCCGAUGGCGCUGAGGAUGGCAAUGAUGAAGGCCGGCUUGAGGGCUCAGAAGAUGGAACCAAUGACGGGUUUGAUGAUAUGGAUGGUACAUUGGACGGUAAUCUUGAAGGCACUGAAGUUGGCAUUGCUGAGGGUAUUGAAGAAGGUGACAAUGAUGGGUCAAAUGACGGCAUAUUUGAGGGUACAAAUGACGAGGGCACUCUAGACGGGGCUGAAGAUGGUGAACUUGAAGGGACAGAAGUGGGAACCAAUGAGGGGAGUAAGGACGGGAUUGUUGACGGUAUAGAUGAA